CAGCCUUGCGUCAUAUCACUCCGCCCCUUAGACGUUCGUUCCUUCCUUGGAAGCUUUUCCAGCUGUUGGAGUAGUACCGGUGUGCGCUUUCUGGCCGGUUGGUCCUGCGGUCGUUUAGUCGUUAAGCGACCCUCAUGGCUACCGCUCGCCUUUUGGAAACAGCCUGGAGCUUUGUUGGCACGGCCUGAUGUUUGCUGACAAGAACGACAGGUCCUCCCCGGGACUCCGGGCCUUGCUAGGCCGCUUUCUGCGCGGCUUGCACCCGUACCGUCUUUUUCAGCGGGUUGGAGCUGCUUGGUCUUAUGUAAUGGGACCCUGGGAAGCGUCGUCCUUCCUCCCUUCCGGCUGGUUGAUUCACAGGUCGGUGCGGUCUGGUGAGUUACCCGAGGUGCUUGAAGCUCUGGGCUUACGCUCAGGGUCCUGGGAGGAGCUGGGAGAAUGCUUAGACGAGCUGGGUCCGUGGAAAGAGUUCCUUCCCCCUGAGGUUGGAGUUGAUCUGGACCUUCUGAAAUCGUGGCAAGGUGUCUCUUCUGGUAAAGAUGAGGACUCCACGUUCGAGGAACUGAACACCUGGCAAAAGGUUCAUAGUAACAUGCAGGUGUUCUGGGAGCAAGGAUUAGCUUGGAACGAUACUGCAGAGCCAAACCAAGAAGAGUGCCAUAAAACAUCCUCUGCCAGUCAUACUUUCUCUUCUGCUGACCAGACCCUUACUAAUGAACACAAACCCUACAAAGUAACCCACGAGAUAAGUGGAGCCCAGCCACAGUGUUCCUCCCUUGGUAUACUAACAUAUAUCUUAAAUGUUGGGAGUGGUGGGGUACAGGCUGGCCUUCAAUGGAAAGAUGGCGAAGAUGUAGAUGUCAUUGUAGACGACUCUAGUCAUAGUCCGUUUGAGAUUCAGCAUAUCCGGAACAAGAGACUGCGCUUUCUGCAGCAGAACAAGACUCCGGAGGUUCUCACUUCUGGUGUCAAGCAAAAAGCUAGUGAGAUGGAACAGAGUCAAACUAUAGUGUCCAAACUCCCUGAUCCUAUGCACUUGUCAUUACCCGACCAGGAUGUUUCUAAUUUAAAUUUAGAUUUGCCUGUGUCUGAAUGUCUUGAGGCUCAAAGUACAAAAAUACAGGACCUGUGUGAGUGGCUGCCAGAUUUUAGCUUGACACAGGGAGAUGUUCUGGAGUCUCCAGAAAUGAUUGAGAUGUAUGAAAAGUAUAGUUCCUGUGACCAGCAACCAGUUGCAUUUCAGGAAGUGGACGAGUCAAACAACCGCCAGCAUUUAUGUCCUUCCAGUCCUGAUAAGGACCAAGGAUAUCACAGUCUGGAAUACUGGCAGUGUACACCUGUUCCACAAAGUCUUACCACAGUCACACCUGAACCCUGUGAGUUAGACAGGGAGUCUGUAUUAUUUGCUUUGCCAACGGGGCUGUCAGCUUGUCCAGAUGACCAAAACAAUGAACUGCACAAUGAAAUUCCUAUUUCUUCUGUUACUGUUUGCACAAAUAAACAUAUUGGCUUCAUUUUGGGAACAGUUGUAAGCGAUGAUGAUGAUUCAAGUCCAUCAAGCAGCGAUGAAUGGGACAAGGAAGAGGAUGAUGAUGAUGGAUUUGACAGUGAAGGAUCAAUAUCCUCCACUGCCAGUGAAACUUCUGUCCCUGAAGAUGUCCUGUAUGAUUUGUUUUGUUCUGCUGAUCCUUACAGCCUUCAGAAUUUCACAGCCUCAUUACAAACUGGUGUUACACCUGGAGAAAACUCUCUUUCUUUGGAAACACUGGAUCAGCCUCAGUCUGAUGAAGAAUCGUGGUGUGAUAGUAAUGCAGAGUCAGACAGUGAGAGUGACUGUAGUGCUGAUGAACAGGAAAAUCUAAGACUUUGGAAUGCAUUUUUAAAAUCAGAUGAUCCUUACAACCCCCUUUACUUUACAGCCCCUGUGCAAACAUCAGAAACAAGACAGAGUAGUGAAAUUGCCAACACAAAUUCAGAGAUGGUUUGUAGACCCCUUCAAAAUGAAAAGGUAACCUUGGUUACACAUCAAGCUUAUGACCUCCAGCAACUGCAGUUUAAAGAAACGUACAGUGUGGAAGAUAAUGCCAAUCUUGGACAUAAAAAGGUUACUUUCCAUGAAAAAGUCACGAUCUACUAUGUGUGCAAUGAAGAACGCAAAGGUCAUUGGGAGGAGCUAGCCCGGGACCGCUGCCGUUUUCAGCGUCGUAUAAAGGAAACAGAAUUUGUUAUUGGACAUUGCUUGACACCUGAUCACAGACAAAGGGCAUGGGAGAGAAUACAAGGACAGUGGGGGAGCUAGUCCCACCAGAGUUUUAAGCCUCAGACUGCAGAAUUUCCUUAAUUUUUUUACAAAAUUAUCUACUUAUGUAUUUUAUGGAAGUGGUCAUCCGAUGUCCAGAAAGUGGAGCAUUAUAUUUGCUAAUUGUCAAUUUACCUUGAAUUGGAUUUUGUUUGAUAUUACUUUUUAUCCAUAAUGAACCCUUCAUGUUGUCUGUAAUGUAACACUCACAGAGAAUGCCUUUUGAAGCAUUUAUGCCUGCCAUACAUGAUUAAAAUUCGAUCCAUUAAUGGGCAGGAUGCCAGCACCCAAGUCAAUUUGACUAGGCUACUACCAACUUGUCGCAUUUUUCUGCAUGCUAUAGCCACUAGCAGUAAUUUUAUUCUCCCAGCUGCGAAGGACUGAAAAUCUGAUUCAUCUAUGGUUUGCCUUAGCUUAGUAGAUGCAAUAAACUUGAAGCCCAAUGCAAAAGGCUGAGUGGCCCUCCAAACUAGAACAUGCUAACCUUAAAGUAUAGUUCAAGCCAAAACCUUUUGUUUUUAGAUAACAUUUGAAAGGUUUUUACAUCUCUAUACAGGGCACAGUGUGGAUUUACCUUCACCAUCUGAACUGACAAUGGUUUCACUAGACAAAAGAAGUGAGGGGAGUAAAAUAAAAAAUUCUGACUGGU